UUUUCUCUAUUGGUGACAGUGAACAAUAGGUAGAUUGGCAACACAGAUCAUAGUGUUUGAGCUAAGUAUUUGUGUCAGCUGUGAGAAUGGGGAAGAGAUUAGGGAGAGGUGGAAGAAGGGAGGAGCUUCCCUCGCCGUCGAUGUUGACUCGUGCAGUGGACUCAGUAUUCGAUUUCGUGAGAUUAGCAGAGUUCGAGAUCCUCUUCGUCCUCUUCUUUCUUGUUGCUUUUCUCAUUUUCAAGGAUCUCACUUCAAGGCCAGAGUAUAAUCAGAUUUUAGUGAAGAAGCCAGAUUGGUGGCCUUAUUAGACUGCACCUGCAGGGUGUUUCCUUGUCUACUUGAAGAGCAUGAGUUGCUCCGUACAUUCUUUUCUAAGAGUAUGUCUGGUUUUGAGAUUUAUAUGGGAGAAGCAGAUUUUUUUUUUCUAGUGAGCUUUUUGUUUCUUUGAAAUAUGAAGAAUUAAUGGAAUGUAACUUGGUUUCCCUGUUUUGUCCCUUCAUUUC